GCAGCAGAGCAAAGGAAAGAAGUUUAGUGUAGUGAUAGGAAAAAGACAUAUUUUUCCUACAUCAGAGCACAAGCACCAUACAUAGCCGCUCGGUUUCAGUUUUUCGGUUCUUUUAAUUUGAAAUAAUUGUACGCAAAGUUUCUCAAGUUGACGGAAAUCGAUUGCGUCCGGUCGCGGCAGAAUUUCCUGAGUUUUCGGUGAGAUUUUUCAGUUCAGUCCGCGUUGUUUCGUAAGGUGGAAUUUUAGUUAGUUCGGAAUGUUUUAUCCACUGCAACCAACUUUCGAGGAUGGAGAGAUCGAGCUUGCCCGGACGGAGAUGCUCAGCCAGGAUCCCAUGGUCGACAAUAAGCAUUCACUCGCCGUGUCACUUUCGCUAGGGAACACAUUAAUCAAUCUGAAUAAGAUCAAAUGUCCACAAUGCAGAAAGCGCUUCGAUUCGAUGGAAGAGAUGCAACAGCAUCGCACCAAACAUCUGACGGAGAACAAGUUCAAAUGCGAGAUCUGCGGCAAGGAGUUCCCCAGUCACAGUUCCAUGUGGAAGCACACCAAGGCACACACUGGCGACCGUCCAUUUGUAUGCCAGAUUUGCAAUAAGGGUUUUACACAAUUGGCCAAUCUACAGCGGCACGAUCUGGUUCACAAUGGAUUGAAGCCUUUCAAAUGCCCAAUCUGCGAAAAGUGCUUUACACAGCAGGCUAAUAUGCUGAAGCAUCAGCUCCUCCAUACCGGACUUAAACCUUACAAGUGUCCGGUUUGUCAGAAAGCAUUUUCUCAACACGCCAACAUGAUAAAACAUCAGAUGCUUCACACAGGUUUGAAGCCUUAUAAGUGUCCAGUGUGCCAAAAGGCCUUCACUCAACACGCCAACAUGGUUAAACAUCAGAUGCUUCAUACCGGCUUAAAACCCUACAAAUGUCCCGUCUGUGACAAGGCAUUUACCCAACAGGCCAACAUGGUCAAACAUCAGAUGCUGCAUACUGGAGUAAAACCUUACAAGUGUUCCACGUGUGGCAAGGCAUUUGCACAGCAGGCAAACAUGGUCAAGCAUCAGAUGCUUCAUACCGGAGUCAAACCGUACAAAUGUCCAACCUGUGGAAAAGCUUUUGCCCAGCAGGCGAACAUGAUGAAGCAUCAGAUGCUCCACACCGGGCUAAAACCGUACAAGUGUAGCACAUGCGGCAAAGCAUUCGCCCAACAAGCCAACAUGGUUAAGCACCAGAUGCUUCAUACUGGUAUUAAACCAUACAAAUGUAGCACGUGCGGCAAAGCUUUCGCUCAACAAGCGAACAUGGUUAAGCAUCAGAUGCUUCACACUGGAGUGAAACCCUACAAAUGCUCAGUAUGCGGCAAAGCGUUUGCGCAGCAAGCCAAUAUGGUCAAGCAUCAGAUGCUGCACAGCGGAAUUAAACCAUACAAAUGUCCGACUUGUGACAAGGCUUUUGCCCAGCAGGCUAACAUGGUCAAGCACCAGAUGCUGCACACUGGUGAAAAACCAUUCAAAUGCAAGAGCUGUGAUAAAGCAUUCUCACAACGUGCCAAUCUCAAGAAGCACGAGAUGGUGCACCUCGGAAUUCGUCCGCACACAUGUCCACUGUGCUCCAAGUCGUACUCGCAAUAUUCGAAUCUGAAGAAGCAUUUGCUGGUGCACCAGAAGCAGUCGCUCAAGCAGCAACAGCAGAAUGGACAAGUCAUGGUGAUCCUUUACAACUGCCAAACCUGCAAGAUGCAGUUUGAGAACAUUCUCGAAUUCGAAAGGCACACCAAGCAGUGCAACGAGCUCAACAAUGGUAAUCAUGGCAUGAAGCUGGAACACAUCAACAUAAAGAGCGAAAUUGACAUUGAUGGUAGCUCCAACCCGGGAAUUGCCCAGCACAUCACUAUACCUCACAGUCAGUCACAGCCUCCAAUGCAUAUCCCGUCAGCUAUUCUGACAUCGGUGAUCUCAUCCUCGUCGACAAUGGGCAACGGCCAUAUAUUGAGUACGGCACAUGUCCAUCAUCCUACAGUUGGCCAUCCGCAGCAUCCUCAGCAACAACACACACCUCCAGCUCAGCACCAACAGCAACAACAACAGCAGCAGCAACAGCAACAAUCAACAGCUCAUCAGCAGCAACAUUCUCCUGUUACUCAUCAGCAGCAUCCGUCACUCCAGCAGCAGCACAAUCUCCCUAUCCACCUUCAGCAGCAGCUCUCACAUCACCUAAUAUCCUCGCACCUUCCACACCAGGACCACGGUCCCAGUGAUCUCCACCAUCAGGUAAACUUCCACCAUCCACAUAUUCCCCAUAUUUCGAACCUGCCACACAAGAUCCUAUCCCCGCUGUUCCACAUCCCUCCAUUCAAUAACAAUCACAGUACAUAAUGGAGCGUUCGGAGGGGAUCCCUAUCGAGUGGAGGAUCUCUACAGGCUACCGUAGCAGCAACGACUGCAACAGCUGCAGUAAGUCCUACCACGUCCGACACUGGUGAAGAAUCCGUAGACGAACAGUGGAAAGGUAGAACAUCAACGGUUGCACUCCACCAGUCGCCACCUCAAUAAUGCUUGAAUGCGGCAAGCAGUAACUCUAAUCAAAACUAGAUACGACAGCCAGGAUGCAAGGUAUAAUGGCCCUACACUAUUAUAAGAAUACUCAGAGAGUAUUACUGAUAUAAAAAAAACAGCAAUGGAAGUGUUGAAACAGUUCUGCUAUUAUUAGGAUUUUAUAAAUAUUCUACUACAACGUUGCAGUAGACAAACAUGAACGAAGGCUUUCUCUUCUUAGUUUACUAUUGAUUCAUACGAAAGGAACAACGGUUUAGUUGUUGACUAGGAAUGUAAGGAACAAAGAUGGAAAUCUGAUUGUUGAUAAGCAUGUUACUUAUAUUUGCGAAUGUGGCCGUGCAAGCGAACCUUGCCUCUGUUUCGUCUUUUUAACGACAUCUCUAGGGUUGUAGGAUCGAGGGUGACGAACCUGUUUAGGGGGAGUCUCUGUUAAUAGAUGUUGAUAUAGGAAGGGCAAAGGAAGAAAAACGUGUUAGAUAGGAUACUGACAAAUGGAGAAGAGGGGACGGAGCGACAGAAGAGACCAAGAUAGAAGAGGGAUUGUAGUAGAUACGAGUUUCUGUUUCGUAAUCAUAAGCAACCUGAUGUGAUAUUUUUCCCGGCGUGUGAAGCAGAGUUCUCUCGACUGCAACAAUGCACACGGGUGAAGAAGAAAGGUUAAACUAGAAGGAUAAAGGCGUAGAGAAAGGAGGGACAGUGUAAGGAAACCGAUGUGUCAUUUGAGGUGAGUUCGUUGUUUUUUUUUGCGAUUUUAGUUUGCUUUAUUUUAUUUCUGACGGAUUAUGUUCUAGAAGAUGUGAAUAUCGAAUUUGGGUUGGGAUUACUGUUGACUGUUCAGUAGUUUUUUUUUUUUCAUUUUGGAUUGGGAAUUACUGUUGAUUCAAAUAUACCAAUAUCAAGCAUAUAACCUGGUGAUUGAUUUGAAGGUGUUCUAUGGCUAAAUAACUCAAUUCGCUAUACAAACGUAGGGUAAGGUGGGACAAGAUGGGUCAGCUAGUACAUUUAAUAAUGUAUCUGUUUGUCAAUAUCAACACGUUCAAUGCAACCCCAACAAUGGUUUGCUUUUUCAAACCAGCAUUGGGGCUACAUUAAGCAUGUUAGUGUUGACAAACAAAAUAUGAAUAAAUCAAGUAGAUGACCCACCUUACCGCACUUAGAAACUGCAAUGUUAAGCUAAACACAAACUCAGUGCUUUCUACUGCACCUAGACAAAGAAUGAACAACUCUCGUGAACGUAAGCAGUGUAGUUCAAUUCUGAAUAAGAAGCGGAGAUUGAAGUUCAGUUAUCGAGGAAUAAAUAUUCUGAACUCAGCGUACAGAAUAGCAUCAUGCGUUCUUUUUAACGGAUUGAGACUGUUUGAGAAGUCCUUUGUUGGCGAAUACUGGGCAAUUUUUUUGAGAAGGCUGAUGCAUCCUGGAUACAUUUUUUGAUGAAUUCCGGGAAUAAAAUUGGCACAUUCACCAUCUUUAAUUGAUCGAUAUUGAUUUCAAAGCAGCGCAGGUACGAUUCAGUGAAGAUUAUUCUAGAACACGGUGUUCCGUUGAAGCCAAUUAGAUUACUUCUUGUAACGCUUUUUUCUACAUGAAUUGUAUACAAUUCGGAAAAUCAUCUCAUUUCCCCGAAGGUACUCGUAACUCAUUUCAGUCACAAUCAAGUUCGUGCAACUUGAGAAUGUACCUUGUCUACUGUGGCAUAAUUGGCAAUAUUAAAACUACUUACCUGCUAAGGACCGUUAUUAAUGUAUCCACUGACUAUCUUUUUGACGAGUCCUGCAACAAACAGAAAGCAUUGAAAGUUAGAAUGUUCAUCAUCUUGCUUUGCUAUACACAAACCACACAAUUUCGACUGAACAGAACAACCUAACCACUUAGCACCUAGUUCGAUAUUCAUCUAUCCGCACUUUGAAAACGAAGGAAAAAUUUCAACAGUCCAACAAAUGAUCAGUGUACAUAAACAUUGCGUAAUAUACUAGCAGUAAAAGUAUUAGAAUACACAAAUUUAGGUUUACACAUAAAAAUUAAAAGAAAAGCGACAAACAGGAACCAGAAGUCAUUGCAACCAUGUGAAAGAAAAUGGGAAAAUUUGAACAGUAACGAUCAUAGCUAGUGAUAAGAGCAUACAACUAGACAUUACACAGACACUGUAGCAACAGCAGCGGCAGCAACAACAAAUGCAAAGCACAUCAGCACCCGAACCUAAUCUAGUGUUUGUUUUGCCAUCAUGGAUUUUAGAUAUUUUGUUUUGUGAUUUACACACGCUUUGGUAUAACGAAGUAUCUAUACCUCCAUAAAUGAACGAACGUUAGAAAAAAAACUACAACGCGACAGCAAGAGUUAGUUUUUGCACCUAUCCAAUACUUACACUAAUCAUGUAUAUGGCUAGCUCAUACGAGUAAAUAUCGUAGAGGUUAUAAACUACCAAGAUGAGAAGAAUUAAAGUUCGGGCUACAGUUCCUAAAAAUCAUAGAUUCAGAACCGAGAAGUGACAGAAUACAGCGAACGCAACAAAUUAUGAAAAAGCUAAAUCUCAAAAACAACCAUGAAAACAUUAGUAACGCUAUUGUAAUUAGCUUUAGUAUUCCAAUUAAAUUCUUUUAGUCAACCAGCCAAUUUCGCCUUUAGGUUUACGAUCUCGUAGGAAUUUACUUCGACGUAUGUGGUUUUAUGAUCUCACCACACACACAAACACACGCCACAAACAUCCGUUUAUCCUUGUGUAUAACUUGAUUUUGUCAUUCUUUUUUUUCAAACAAGGAAAAAGUAAAAUAUUUGCCAUUUUCUGAUAAACAAAAAGAAAGAUCCAGAAACUAUUUGCUCCUAUUUGUGCUAGUCUUCAAAAGAAUGAGAAACCAAGUAAUGCUUAAUACGAAAACUCGUAGGAUUAUAAUAUGUGACUAAACUGAUAAAAGGAAUGAAUUUAUUCACCUAAUCACUCUAAUAGCAGUAUAGUUUUACAUCUAUCUAGUAACAAAAGAAUAAAUUUAAUCUCCAAGCCAGAGACUGCUUCAGUGGUGAAUGGUAAAGGAAACGGUAAAGCGAUCCAAUGAAUGGGGGACCACCAGUCAGUAGUGUCCCUCGCUCGAGAACAUCAUACUUAAGGAUUGUUUCGUCCCGUUUCCCACAGAAAA